CUCAAAGUAAGCUGCAACGACGCUGAAUCAUCCUCAAGCUUCAGAGCAAAUCCACCAGCCACGAUGUCUCGUUUUCUGGACAUGACGUGUUUUGGAGAAGCUGCUCGCUACCUCCGUCUCACCAACCUGGAGCAGCUGGCGGCCAAGGCCCAGGCCUUUGAUGGAACCAAACGUGUUUGGAUGCCGGAUGAUGCUGAAGCAUACAUCGAAGUGGAGGUCAGAGAACUGAAUGGAGACAAGACUACUGUGGAGACCAAGGAUGGACGGUUUCUGGUUGUAAAAGAAGAUGACCUGCAGCCAAUGAACCCUCCGAAGUUUGACAUGAUAGAGGAUAUGGCCAUGUUGACUCACCUGAACGAAGCUUCUGUCCUCUUUAAUCUGAGGAGGAGAUACAGCAUGUGGAUGAUCUAUACCUACUCCGGCCUGUUCUGUGUGACCGUCAACCCUUAUAAAUGGCUGCCGGUCUACUCGGCCGACGUGGUGACGGCCUACAAGGGGAGGCGUCGUUCAGACAUGCCGCCACACAUCUACUCCAUCGCUGACAACGCCUACACUGACCUGCUGCAGAAUCGUGAGAACCAGUCGAUGCUCAUUACUGGAGAGUCGGGUGCCGGGAAAACUGUCAACACCAAGAGGGUCAUACAGUACUUCGCCACUGUUGCUGCUUUGGGGGAAAAUGUGAAAAAAGGAGGGUCUUUAGAGGAUCAGAUCAUUGAAGCAAAUCCAGCCAUGGAGGCAUUCGGGAAUGCUAAAACCAUCCGCAAUGACAACUCCUCUCGCUUUGGAAAGUUCAUCAGGAUUCACUUUGGACCUACUGGGAAGUUGGCUUCUGCUGACAUUGACAUCUAUCUUCUGGAAAAGUCCAGGGUUGUGUUUCAGCAGCCAGGAGAGCGAAGCUACCACAUCUACUACCAGAUUCUGUCCAAUCGUAAACCAGAGCUACAAGAUAUGCUACUGGUGAGCACCAACCCCUUCGACUACCACUUCUGCUCUCAGGGUGUGACCACAGUGGAGGGCAUCAAUGAUGGGGAGGAACUCAGUCUCACUGACCGUGCCAUGGACACACUGGGCUUCACUCCAGAGGAGAAGUACGGCUGCUAUAAAAUUGUUGGAGCCAUCAUGCACUUUGGCAACAUGAAGUUUAAGAAGAAACAGAGAGAAGAGCAGGCUGAGGCUGAUGGCACAGAGAGUGUGGACAAGGCAGCUUACCUCAUGGGCAUCAACUCUGCCGACCUGCUGAAAGGCCUGCUGAACCCCAGAGUCAAAGUUGGAAAUGAGUUUAUUGUUAAAGGGCAGACAGUAGAACAGGUCAGCUAUGCAGUAGCAGCCCUGGCCAAAGCCACCUAUGAUCGUAUGUUUAAGUGGCUGGUGGGUCGUAUCAACUCGUCCUUGUACACCGCUCUGCCUCGACAGUACUUCAUUGGAGUCCUCGACAUUGCUGGCUUUGAGAUCUUUGAGUUGAAUAGCUUUGAGCAGCUGUGCAUCAACUUCACCAAUGAGAAGCUGCAGCAGUAUUUCAACCACCACAUGUUCAUCCUGGAGCAGGAGGAGUACAAGACUGAAGGGAUCGAGUGGACCUUCAUAGACUUUGGUCUGGACUUGCAAGCCUGCAUAGAUCUCAUAGAGAAGCCAAUGGGUAUUCUGUCCAUCAUGGAGGAGGAGUGUAUGUUCCCGAAGGCCACUGACAACAGUUUUAAAACCAAACUGUAUGAUCACCAUCUGGGAAAGUCCCCAAACUUCCAGCGACCACGACCUGACAAAAAGCGCAAAUAUGAGGCACAUUUUGAGGUGGUUCACUAUGCUGGAGUGGUUCCAUACAACAUCACAGGCUGGCUGGAUAAAAACAGAGAUCCUCUGAACGAGACCGUCGUGGCUCUCUUCCAGAAAUCCUCCAACAAACUUAUGGCUGGACUGUUUGAGAACUAUAUUGGAUCAGAGAUGGCAAGUGAACCAAAGGGUGAAACGAAACAGAGGAAGAAGAAAGCAGCUUCUUUCCAGACAGUUUCACAGCUACACAAGGAGAAUCUUAAUAAGUUGAUGGCAAACCUCCGCAGCACUCAGCCUCACUUUGUUCGCUGCAUUAUCCCCAACGAGUCCAAGAAUCCAGGUGUGAUGGACCCAUUCCUGGUUCUCCACCAGCUGAGGUGUAACGGAGUCCUGGAGGGGAUCAGGAUUUGCAGGAAGGGUUUUCCCAACCGUAUCCUGUAUGCUGAGUUCAAACAGCGUUAUCGUAUUUUGAAUCCAUCUGCCAUCCCAGAGGACUGUUUUGUGGACAGCAGGAAGGCCGUGGAGAAGCUUUUAGGCUCUCUGGACAUAGACCACACCCAGUAUAAAUUUGGACACACUAAGGUGUUCUUUAAGGCGGGGUUAUUGGGCCAGCUUGAGGACAUGCGGGACAGCCGUCUGUCUCAGAUCCUCACCACCGUUCAGUCCAUGUGCAGAGGGAAGCUGAUGAGGAUGGAACGACAGGACAUAAUGCUGAAAAGGGAUGCUUUGACGGUGAUCCAGUUCAACCUCCGGGCGUUCUUCUCAGUUCGAACUUGGCCGUGGAUGAUGAUGUUCUACAAACUCCGCCCGAUGCUGAAGACCGCCCAGGUGGAGAAGGAGCUGGCUGCUCUGAACGAAGACUUCAACAAGUUAAAGGAGGCCUUUGACAGGUCGGAGGGGAAGCGGCUGGAGGCCGAGGAGCGGCAGGUGGUCUUGGUUCAGGAGAAAAAUGACCUCGCUCUGCAGCUGCAGGCUGAGCAGGACAACCUGAUGGAUGCAGAGGAUCGCUGCAAUCAGCUGAUUCAGUCUAAAAUCUCUCUGGAGUCAAAGCUGAAGGAGAUGCAGGAGCGUCUGGAGGACGAGGAGGAGGUCAAUGCCACGCUGACGUCCAAGAAGCGUCAGCUGGAGGAUGAGGUGUCGUCACUGAAGAGAGACGUGGACGACCUGGAGAUCACGCUGGCUAAAGUGGAGAAAGAGAGACACGGGGUUGAGAACAAGGUGAAGAACCUGUCCCAUGAGAUGUGUGUCCUGGAUGAAACCAUCAUGUCUCUGACCAGAGAGAAAGCCGCCCUGCAGGAAGCUCACCAGCAGGUCCUGAACGAUCUUCAGGCGCAGGAAGACAAAUGCAACAUGCUGGUGAAGGCCAAAGUUCGACUGGAGCAACAAGUUGACAGCUUGGAAGCUUCCCUGGAGCAGGAAAAGAAGGCGCGGACGGACCUGGAACGAAACAAGCGGAAGCUGGAGGGGGAUUUGAAGCUGUCCGUGGACUCAGUCACGGGCCUGGAGAACCAGAAGGAAGAGCUGGAGGAGAGACUUAAAAAAAAAGAUUUUGAGUUGGGUCAGCUUCAAGCAAAAAUGGAGGAUGAGCAGAGUUUGGUUGCUCAGCUUCUGAAGAAGAUGAAAGAGCUUCAGACCCGCAUCGAGGAGCUGGAGGAGGCGCUGGAGGCGGAGCGGACAUGGCGCCUUAAAGCGGAGCGUCAGAGGAACGACAUCGCCAAGGAGCUGGAGGAGCUUGGAGAGAGGCUGGAGGAGGCAGGAGGCGCCUCGGCUGCUCAGAUCGCCCUCAACAGGAAGCGGGAAGCAGACUUCCUGAAGCUGCGGCGGGAACUGGAGGAGGCGGGGCUUCACCAUGAGGCAACAGCGGCCACUCUGAGAAAGAAGCACUCGGACAUGGUGGCGGAGCUCAGUGAGCAGAUCGACACUCUGCAGAGAGCCAAACAAAAACUGGAGAAAGAGAAGACCGAGGUCCAGCUGGAGGCCGACGACCUGGCUACUAACGUGGAGCAGCUCACCAGGGCAAAGGGAGCAGCAGAAAAGAUGUGCAGGGUUUAUGAGGACCAGCUGAAUGAGAGCAGAAACAGAGCGGAUGACCUGCAGAGGCAACUGACCGAAGUAUCUACGCAGAAAGCACGAGCACUCACUGAGACCGCUGAGUACAGCCGACGUCUGGACGAGCGGGAUGCCAUGAUUAGUCAGCUACAACGAUCCAAAGCAGGCCUCGGCCAGAACACCGAGGAUCUAAAGAGGCAGCUGGAAGAAGAGAGCAAGGCUCGUGUGGCGCUGGCUCAUGCGGUUCAAGCGUCCCGUCAUGACUGCAGUCUGCUGAAGGAGCAGCUGGAGGAGGAGCAGGAAGCCAAAGCUGAGCUGCAGAGGGCGCUGUCCAAAGCCAACAGCCAGGUGGUUCAGUGGAGAGCGAAGUACGAGACCGAUGCUGUACUGAGAAUAGAGGAGCUGGAAGAUGCUAAGAAGAAGAUAGUUGUGAAACUGCAGACUGCAGAAGAAGCUGUGGAGGCGUCUCAGGCCAAGUGUUCCUCGCUGGAAAAAACCAAACAACGUCUGCAGACAGAGAUUGAAGACCUGGUGGUGGAACUGGAGCGCUCCAACGCUGCCGCUCUGGCUCUGGACAAGAAGCAACGCAACUUGGACAAGCUGCUCAGUGACUGGAAGCUGAAGUUUGAGGAGAAUCAGAUGGAGCUGGAGGCAUCGCAGACAGAGUCUCGCAGUCUGAGCACGGAGCUCUUCAAACUAAAAAACAGCUACGAAGAAGCUCUGGAUCAUCUGGAGACAGUUAAACGAGAAAACAAGAAUCUGCAAGAGGAGAUCCUGGACCUGGUGGAUCAGCUCAGUCAGGAAGGAAAGACCAUCCAUGAGCUGGAGAGGACAAAGAAAAUCCUUGAUGUGGAGAAGAGCGACAUUAGAGCUGCUCUGGAAGAAGCAGAGGGCAGCUUGGAGCAUGAGGAGAGCAAGACCAUGAGAUUUCAGAUGGAGCUGCAGCAGAUCAGGACUGAGGUGGAGAGAAAGAUUGCAGAGAAGGAGGAUGAGAUCGAAAACCUCAGGCGGAGCCACCAGAAUUCCCUGGAAACCAUGCAGACCAGUUUGGAGGCGGAGGUCCGCAGUCGCAGUGAAGCGGUUCGUCUGAGGAAGAAGAUGGAGUCUGACCUCAAUGAGAUGGAGGUUCAGCUGGGCCAUGCCAACAGGCAGGCGACCGAGAGCCAGAGGAUCAUGAGACACCUGCAGACUCAGGUCAAAGAGCAGCAGGUGGAGCUGGAAGAUAAAGUCCAGCUGACCAAUCAGCUGAAAGAGCAGAUAGUCCUGUUAGAGCGCCGUUGUUCGCUCAUGGCGGCGGAAGAGGAGGAGCUACGUGGGAUCCUGGAACAGACCGACCGCACCCGCAAGAUGGCUGAACACGAGCUGGUGGAGGUGUCGGAGAGAGUCAACCUGCUCACUACACAGAACGCAGGUCUGGUGAACCAGAAGAGGAAGCUGGAGGCGGAUCUGUCUCUGCUGUCCGGAGAGGUGGGGGACGCCGUACAGGAGAGCCGCAGCGCCGAGGAGAAAGCCAAGAAGGCCAUCACUGAUGCAGCUCUGAUGGCAGAGGAGCUGAAGAAGGAGCAGGACAGCAGCAACAUGCUGGAGAGGAUGAAGAAGAACAUGGAGUGCACAGUGAAAGAGCUGCAGGUCAAACUGGAUGAGACGGAGCAGAUGGCGCUGAAAGGGGGAAAGAAACAGCUUCAUAAACUGGAGACCAGAGUGAGGGAGCUGCAGACGGAGGUGAUGGUGGAGCAGAAGAAGAGUGAAGAGUACCAGAAAGGAGUCCGCCGCUACGAGAGGAGAGUCAAAGAGCUAACAUACCAGUCCGAGGAGGACAGGAAGACUUUGCUGAGGAUGCAGGACCUGAUCGAAAAGCUUCAGACCAAAGUCAAGAGCUACAAGAGACAAGCAGAAAGCGCUGAGGAGCAGGUGAGCUGCAGUGCUGUUCGUUUCCGGAAAAUCCAACAUGAGCUUGAUGAUGCAGAGGAGAGAGCCGACAUGGCCGAGACGACCGUCAAUAAGCUGCGGAUCCGAACCCAUGAGCAAAGCAGCAAGGUUGCCAUGAUCGCUGAAUGAUGCUGCAUCUUCAAACACCAUCAGUGUCUUGUGUGAAGUCUGACUGCUGUGGGUUUUUGUCUGAUGUGUUUCCAGCUGCUUCAGUCAACAGCGAUGAGGAGAUUCUCCGGUCUCUAGUUACUACGUCAGUGUGUUUCUUUACUUCUUUGCUGGGAGGUGUUGUGAAUUGGUGUGUAGUGUGGAAAGUGUGUAUGUGCAUGAGCUGAAAACAGCAGUUUGUAAUUCAGAUCAGUGUCAGGAGCUACUGAGAGAAAAACAUCUUUGUCAUUGAUUCAUUCUCUAAAUCCAUACAAACUUUUGUUAAAAUAGUUUUUUCCCAGUCUGACCCCCAGUUAAAGGAUAACAGGAAAUGAGGUCAUUAAUUGUAACCAGACCUGUAAGGCUCUACUCUUCCAUGUUGAUGUUUUUUUUUGGGUGUAUUGGUGACAAUCAGUGAAUUAAGUUGAUGCUAAUGA